AUGCCUCACACAUCCAGAAUGAUCAAUAAGCCAGAUCUGAAAGGCAAAGUUAUCUUCGUUGGUAAAAGUGGUGUAGGAAAGACAAGUAUCAUUUUACGGCAUGAUGGACAAGGAUUCUACAGUAAACUCCCCAUGUAUCUUCGUAAUGCGGUUGCAGCUGUGAUUGUGUACGAUAUUACGGAUCGUGAAUCAUUUCUGGAACUAAAAAAAUGGAUUAAUGUCUCAUUAUUUAUUGUUGGCAAUAAGCUCGAUCUGGAAAAUGCUCGUACGGUGACGCACAAGGAAGGAGUACAGUUAGCAGAACAGGUUGGUGCUGCAUUCCAUGAAACAUCGGCACUGAACGGUGAAGGUAUCCGAAAGGUGAUCACUGCUAUUGCCGAACAUUUGCUGGAGCGUCAAACAGCUCAGAGUGCCUCGUCGAUACAUUUGAAAAGCCCUCCUUCCUCUUCCGAUGACACUACUAAUCGUAAGCAGGGGAAAUUUUGUUGCUCUUCUGGAUGA